GACAUUUCUAAUUGGAGAUUCCUCAUCCCCUAAGCCGCCCGACUUUCCCCCAUCGCUGGACGCCUGGACCUCAAGUCCUCAACCUCGUCCUUGUCGCCGCUCAUCGUCCUUAAAGAUUCUUCACCGUCCUCGCCGUUGCCCACCUCACUCGUCCUCGGCACCUCGUCUUCAGAGUGGUCUUGUCCUUCACCCUUCUGACAACCGUGCACUCCACCAUCCAGAUCCUCGUCUUCACCGUACCUCGCCGUUGCCGAUCGUAGUCCGUUGUCCUCAGAUUAGAGGAAGCAUGGAAUAAGUUCAAUUCUGAGAAGAUUUUCUUAUCGUUCAAGGCAUUUUGUUCAUCUAUUUUGUUGGAGGGGCCGCAACCUUGUAUUAGCUGCUAUGUUUACUCAAAGUGUCCUGCAAAAUUGGCUGUGAAUUGAGUGUCCUGUUAGCACACAUGGGUGAAGAUUCUCCUCCUGUUCAGCCUUCCUCUACAGUGUCAGAAUGCGAUCCUCCACCCCAAGCAGCUCCUCCUCCUCCUCCACCGUUUGAUCCCAGUCGAAUGGUUGGUAUCAUUAAAAGGAAGGCCCUGAUAAAAGAUUUAGCUGCUGUGUUUCAUGCGGAAUGCCUUUCAUACUGCCAAGAACUAUUAGAACUUCAGAGAAAAUGGGAGGAGCCAUUCAUUGACUUGACUGCUCCAGAGGUCAAGAAAGGACACUCUGCGGCCCUCCAAACGCACGAAAAAGCUGCGUUAAGGACGAGGGGGAAAAACUGGCUCAGCCUGGGACUUUUGAUUGGUUCUUUGUACCCUGUUUUUGUUGUAAGUAUAACACUUAUGGAAAUUAUUGAAAAAAACCUUCAAUGACGUCGUGCAAUUCAUAUAGCUGGUCUCACCCAUCGAGGUAAGAUAAGAUUUAUUAUUGUCGUAAA